AUGAGCAGGACUAAAAAAGGUCGGGCUCCUGGUGCCAAGAGGUAUUCUGAAGAUGAGUCCAUGGCAAUGCUCCAGCUUGUGUUAGAUGCUGUGCCACUAGAUACCAAAUUGCUAAGAGCAAAAUAUGAUGCUCUCCUGAAAUUGGCACACAACAAACCUACUGGUGAUGCACAGUGGCCCACAGUACUCGAACUUGCACUCAAAGUUCAUGAUGCUAUCACAGAAGCACAAGCUAGAAGUCCCAAGAUCAUUGAAAUUGAUGGCUCCGAUGAGGAUAUCACAGCUCCACAAGUUCCCAUUGGAUUGCUCAAAGGUAGCAAGGUGUCAAAAAGCGGUACAGUGUUGACAAAAGCCUAUUGUGUCGAGAAUCCCUUGGCAGGAGCAAAAUCGUGUGCAGCAGGAGACAAGGCUGAGAAUGAGCUGAGAAUGUACCAGAUCCUGAAUGGGAGUGAAAAAGACCAGCGCCGCAACCAUUCAGUCCACCAUGCUCAUCACUGUUCUUCUUCUCCAUCUUCCAAUCACAAUUCAAACCACUUCAAGGCAGCACAAUGGCAUAAUGUCCCAACUGAACCCACAGCCUUAGAGACCUUGGCAUUCACAGCAGCAGCAGCCCCUGCUGAAGGCUCUAGCACUAUUGGCCAUUCUCUCAUGCUCAGUCUUACACCACGUAAAGUAGCAAUAAUAAAACCCGAUCACGUUGAUGAAUCUCUCCAAACAUCACCUCACCAAGGUCUUGAAGUAUACCUUCCAAAUUUCAUUAAGACCAACACAGUUGGACAGCAGCUGCUGGUCGAAACGGAGAUACUCUUGCUGAGCAUGCAGUUCUGCAGGGAUUCCUUCACCACCCUUCAUCAGUGCAUGAAUUUUGCCAGCAAUCAAUGCUGUUCCUCAUGGAAAUGCUGUGCAUUCAAAAAUCAGGCAGGCCACAUGAGCAUCAUGCCAACUCCCCAGGGCAUUAAGAGCCACAUCUAUUAUAACACCUGCAUGCAUAGAUCAAAGAUCAGUGUGUGCAUUGGUGACCAAGAUACGCAGAUGUCGCAUUUUCAAUUUAAGGAUCCUCAGCCUCCUGCACUGGAAGUGACAACCCAUCAAUGCUCCCAAACACGCCCUCAAUUCAUGGUAGAUGGAUGGCUGCUUCCUUCAUCUUUCGCAGUCUGGCCAAAAGUAUGGUUUUUGAGAAUGCAAGGUAUCACGAGACAGUGGAAAGGAUGA